CAAAACCAUAGCAAGUGAAGAGAACUCAUCUAUCCCAGGGGUUGGUGUGGACGCUUUAGUUAAAGAUGGGUUGCUUGACAAGUUGAAGGAUGGUCCUCUGUUCUGGAUCGAUACAGCUGAUAAACAGCCUUGCAUUGGUACCGGUGGCAUGAUAUCAUGGAAAUUUAAUGUCAUUGGCAAACUUUUCCACAGUGGUUUGCCUCAUAAGGCUAUUAAUCCACUAGAGUUGGCGAUGGAGGCGUUUAAAGAAAUCCAGUUGCGUUUCUACAGAGACUUCCCUCCUCAUCCUAAAGAGCAAAUUUAUGGAUUUGCAACACCAUCAACCAUGAAACCAACACAAUGGAGUUAUCCAGGGGGUGGUAUCAAUCAAAUACCAGCUGAGUGCACCAUUUCAGGAGAUGUUAGGUUGACUCCAUUUUACAGUGUAUCUGAUGUGAUGAAAAAGCUUAAAGACUAUGUUGAUGACUUGAAUGACAACAUAGACAAACUUGAUACAAGGGGGCCUGUUUCAAAAUAUGUCCUGCCUGAUGAAAACCUUAGGGGCAGAUUAAAUAUCAGUUUUGACGAGGCAUCAUCAGGAGUUGCUUGCAACCUUGAUUCCCGUGGAUUCCACGUAUUGUGCAAAGCUACUGAAGAAAUAGUGGGGCAUGUGAAACCAUAUUCUAUCACUUAAUGGAGACAUACCAUGUGCCAAGGAUAUGGUGUCUUUGCCAGUAUCAUCUCCCAGUUGGAAGAAGAUUGGUUGACUACCACAUCUACACACUUAUUGACACUUGACCUCCGAUCAAUGGGUGUCUUGUAUUUCAAUUAUCAGAGGAUUGCCCGAUUCGCCCCAAUUUAUAUGAUUCUAUUACUGGAUAUUGUAUUCACUAAGGCGAUGUAUUUCCAGAAAGAGGUACUUUGAAAUCUUCUAUUGAGAAUGGGAUCUGUUUCAACUUAUUUUCAAAAAAAAAAA